AUGUCCAAAUCUUCCCUCACAACCUACACCAUUAUUCUUGCCCUACUUCUGGCCGCCGGAAAAUGGGUUUCCGGCCAGAACUGCGGCUGCGCCGCCAACCUCUGUUGCAGCCAAUAUGGCUAUUGCGGCACUGGUGACACAUAUUGUGGCCAAGGCUGUCGGUCGGGGCCGUGCAAUAAUUCACCUUCUUCGGGUAAAAAAAAGAUUCCCGUCUCUAGCAUUGUGACCAAUUCGUUCUUUAAUGGGAUUAUUGGUCGGGCUGGGUCGGGCUGCCAGGGAAAAGGGUUCUAUACUAGGUCGGCUUUUCUCCGAGCCCUCGGCUCAUAUCCAAGGUUUGGGGCGGAGGGCUCCAUCGAUGAUGUUAAGCGUGAAAUUGCCGCGUUCUUCGCUCAUGUUACGCUAGAGACAGGAUUCAUGUGCUAUAGAGAAGAAAUCGGUGGCGCUUCUGGAGACUAUUGCGACGAGAGCAACCGAGAAUGGCCGUGCGUCCAAGGCAAGGGUUACUAUGGGCGAGGUCCAUUACAACUAUCGUGGAAUUACAACUACGGCCCGGCCGGUCAUGACAUAGGAUUCGACGGUCUGAACAAUCCCGGAAUCUUGGCAAAAGAUCCGGUUAUAUCUUUUAAAGCAGCCCUGUGGUUUUGGAUGAGAAAUUGUCAUAGCGCCAUAGUUUCCGGACAAGGAUUUGGGGCAACGAUUCGUGCCAUUAAUGGGCGCGAAUGCGAAGCAAAUUCAGAAACGGUGGCAGCGCGAGUUAGUUAUUACAAGAACUAUUGUAAUAAGUUCCAUGUCAAUCCGGGGAACAAUCUUUGGUGUUAAGACGAGGUAGCGAAUGAUUCGAUGAAUGAAUAGUUAUCGAAGGAAUCGGUCAAUCGAAGGCUCGAUUCGAAGACCAAAUGGGGUUGGGAAGAAUUGUGUUUUUUGUUUGUUUUUAGCAUUAAGUGUGUUUUAGGAUGUCUUAUGUUGUUUGAACUUAUGUGUGAUCCGAGUGAGAAUGUGUUCGAAAGUGUUGUGUCAUGUUUGUCUUAGACAAAAUUCACUCAAACAUUACAAAUUAAAUACAAUGGUAAACUAUGGUUGUGGAGAUAAUUGCAAAAAAUAUCC